AUGUCUAAUGCGAGUCACUCUCUCCAUGAUGAAGGAAUUGACCUGGAUGAGCUGCACGCCUUCACCGUCCAGCUGGCCAAAGAUGCCGGCCAGAUGCUCCUAGACGCCGCCGAGGCUCGUGUCGGGAGGCCGGGCUCGUCGGUGAACGCCGGCGCAGGCCACGUUGUCGAGAAGGAAUCCGCUGUCGAUCUGGUGACGCAGACAGACGAAGGUAUGUCUCUCUCCUGCAUCUCUGACGAUCUUCCACCUCGCAGCCCUUCUUCUCAAAAUCCGCUAGCAAUCCUCUUGCCCUGCCCGUAAGCUUAUGCACCUACCACGAGCCCUUUGAUCAUCCUCUCAUCUGCAUCGAAGACUUCGAGAAGACUACCAACUCACCUUGGCGCCCGGCCCUGUCCUGUCCUGCCAUUCGACUCAGCUUUUCAAAUUCCACCGGCUUUCCACAACCGCGUCCGAUGCCAUCAUGCCGCAUCCUUGUCCUGGGCCAGAGCGGCUGAUACCAUGUUCAAUCUCAAGAUGUCGAGGCUUUCAUUCGCAAGAGCGUCCAAUCGCGAUAUCCCGCCCACCUGUACGUUCCACCGCUUAGUCACUAACCUUCUAGACGGUUUCUUGCUAUUUCCAAUCGAUCAGAGUUGAGGCACUCCCAUGGAAUUACUAACCUCUGGAAUAGAUUCGUUGGCGAGGAAUCUUAUGGCAAGAACGGCUCCAAGGAGUAUCUGAUCCCCAAAUCAGGACCGGCAUGGUGCGUCGAUCCUCUUGAUGGUGAGCGUCGUAAUGAUACCCGACCGUACGAUACGAAGCAGAAAGAGCUGAUCAAGGGCAUUACCUAGGAACUGUAAACUUCAUUCACCUCUGUCCGUUCUACUGCGUAUCCAUAGCAUUCAUCCUGGAUGGAGAGCCCGUCCUCGGUGCGGUCAACGCUCCUUUCCUACGGCAGCUGUAAGUUUUAUGACCGAGCGUGUCGACACGGAUGAAAAUCGCAUUUCGCUGACUAAAAGUUCUCGAUGCUGAGCAGAUUCACUGCAUGCCGUGGGAAAGGAGCAUUCCUGAACGAGACUACACAACUGCCGCUCGAUCGGUCCCCCGUCCCGCCAAUGCCCGAGUCGGCGCCCAAGGGCUGCGUUCUCUCCUGCGAGGUAGGCUUGCACGUGUACAGAUGCAUUGGAAGUCCAACACAUCAAAACCGCCGUGCUGACACCAACUAGUGGGGCAAAGACCGAAGGGAUACUCCGCAGGGCAACCUCCACCGCAAAGUCGAUAGCUUCCUCAAUCUGGCCUCCGAAACAGGCGGGCGUCAAGGGAAAGGCGGCCAUGUCCACGGUGUCCGCAGCCUCGGCUCGGCCACGCUGGAUUUAUGCUACGUGGCUAUGGGAAGCUUUGACAUCUGGUGGGAAGGCGGCUGUUGGGAAUGGGAUGUAGCCGCGGGCAUCUGCAUCCUGAAGGAGAGUGGCGGCCUGGUAACGACGGCGAAUCCACCCUCGGACCAGAACAUCGUUCCAGAGGCGCACCUUGGCAGUCGACUUUACCUUGCGAUCCGUCCGGCUGGGGAUUCGCCAACGGAGACUGGGCGCCAAAGUCAGGAACGUACCGUACGACAAGUCUGGAGACGGGUCGAGACGCUGGACUACUCACGUCCGGGCAUUUGA